UAACCUCUUGAACACGUGUCACUUGCGAACUAUUGUGAACUACAACUCCCACAAUGCUUCGUGUCAGUUUGUGGCUCUUUGGUCAGAUGAUUGUUGCCGAAAAGCAGUAAGUAGGAAGAAAAUGCCGCUAUGUAAAGCUGUAAUUGUUCCUGGAAAUGGAGCUGGAAACGUGGAACAUUGCAACUGGUAUGGAUGGGCCAAUAAAGAAAUAAAUAAGAUUCCAGGUAUGACCUGCCUGCUGAAAAACAUGCCAGACCCUGUGACGGCCAGGGAGAGCGUCUGGCUGCCCUUCAUGGAAGAGGAGCUGCAGUGUGACGAGAAUACCGCGAUCAUCGGCCACAGCUCCGGCGCUGCAGCCGCAAUGAGGUACGCAGAGAUGCACAAGGUGCAUUCCAUUGUGCUGGUGGGCGCUUACAUCUCAGACCUGGGCGAUGAGAACGAGAGAGAGAGCGGGUACUUCAGCCGGCCCUGGGAGUGGGAGAAGAUCCGGGGGAACUGCGGUCACGUCGUGCAGUUCGGCUCCACGGACGACCCCUUCCUGCCCUGGAGCGAGCAGCAGGCGGUGGCCGACGGUCUGCGCGCGCGGCUGCACAAGUACGCCGACCGCGGACACUUCCAGAACUCGUGCUUCCCGGAGCUGCUCGCCACCGUGCACCAGCUCAAGGUGGCCCAGUAAGCGCUAGCACAGAUUGUGUAGACUCCCCAGAUAACCUACUCCAGCCUCCCGUCUGCAGCUUAACCACUGCCGGUCCCUUUGUUGUUACAGAACAGAACGUCCAUUGUCACAGUGUUUGUACUUUGUCAGCGACUUCACGAUAAUAAUGCACAAACAAUAGUAUAAUUCAGAGAGAUAUCCGGCAGGUAUAAGGAAUCUACCGCACCAUCAAGAGGCCUCUGACUACAGGAGGGCGGGGCCUGAUGUCAAACCCCAACCUUUGACAUCCUAAUCCCCACACGGGUGAGAAAGGUGGAACCGGUUUAUAAGCAGUUUCAUACUUGCAUAACCUCACGUCCUGCAGUCAGAUGUACUUGGCACCAACAAGGGACCUAAGUGGGGUGUUUCCAUGGUUACAUCAAAGAUACAUGUGGACUAACCAGUACACAAGUGGAAUGUGCCAUUGGCUGUCAUCCAGUGGAUUAGAAACACUGAAACUGUACUGAAGUGUUUUGGUUUCAUAGCCUUUCACAGACAUACUUUUCAUCAGACUACACAUGGACAUUUCAGCAGAGUCCUACUGCUGGUAUCUUAGGAAUCUUUUUGUUCACUUGACCAUUCAUGUAACUACCUGAAAAUGAAUCAACGGCAGCAUCCCCUUUUGUCAAAUGUCACCAUUUGGAGUAGAUGGAGUUCGUACCAUUUCAUAUUAAGAGUAUUUUAUACAAACUGUUGGGAACAAAGGCAGUGUCUGCCAACGGUCUUCAUAAGUCUUGCAUUGUGGAUGCAUGUUAUUUAAAUAAAAUAACUACACAAUGAAAA